AUGGCCUCCACGCCAAAAAUCGCUAUUGUUGGCGCCGGACCCGCUGGUCUCACGCUCGCGCGUCUUUUAUAUGUUUCGGAAGCGAAGUUUGAUGUGACACUCUACGAGCUUGAUGCUUCUCCGAUAGCCCGCCCAGAUCAAGGUGGCACUCUCGACUUACAUGCUGAUACUGGACUUGCUGCACUACGAAAAUGCGGCCUCUGGAAACUGCUCGUAGGCUGCUUAAGAUACGAUGGCCAGGAAAUGAUCAUUGCCGACAAGAAUGCGACGCAAUUGGUACAUAUGGGAGGUGGGAAACAGAACACUGGAGUGUUUGAUCGCCCGGAGAUCGAUCGCGAAAGAUUGAAGGAGAUCUUGCUUGAGAGUGUGCCUAAGGAAUCCGUGAGAUGGGGGCGUCAUUUGAGGGAGGUGGCUGAAGAUGGGAAGCUGAUAUUCGAUGGAAGCGAGGAGGCGGAGGGCCCGUUUGAUUUGAUCGUAGGGGCAGAUGGUGCGUUCAGUAAGGUCAGGGCAAGGCUGCAUGGGCUUAAGCCAACUUAUUCUGGUAUAAGUGGUUUUGAGAUGGAAAUCCCAGAGCCCGCAAAGACGUGUCCGCAUGUCAACAAGAUGGUGGGUCGCGGUGCACUCUUCGCUAUGGGUGAUUGUCGUGCCGUGGGUGGCCAGAGAAUGGGCAAUGACAGUAUCAAAAUCCGGAGUUGGUUUCAAUGUCCCAAAGGCGAGGCACAGGAAACCUUAAAAAAGUAUGGCAAGAAGGGAACGGUAGAGAAGAUUUUGGAAAGGCAUGCAGAUUGGGCGCCAGAGUUGACUGAGCUCUUCCGACAGGGUGAUUCGGAUAAAUUAAGGCAAUGGACUCUGUAUGAAUUGCCAGUUGGCUGCAAGUGGGAGCACAAGAAGGGCUUCACGCUCAUUGGAGACGCGGCUACACUUACCACGCCAUUUGGUGGAGAAGGUGUCAAUAAGGCAAUGAAAGAUACUCUCGAAUUGGCAGAGCAGCUCGAGAAAAGCCAGGAUCCAAAUAACAACCUCACGCUGGACCAGGCCGUCCAGCUUUUUGAACAAAUGAUGUUCCCCAGGGCUGAAAAGACCCAAGCAAUGAUCAUGAGCAACAAGCAACAUAUGUUCCAUCCGGACGCCCCAAUUGGCGUUAUGACUGGAAUGAUGAAGAUCAUGGCAAACGAUAGCUCUUCGAUCUUCGUGAAGCUAGCCCCUCCAGUCGCAAUCGAUCAAGUGGUAUCAGACUUUGAUAAUGUCGCUUUUCAUGUGUCUACCCCCGACUCCAAAAGCAAGAUCCUCAUCUCCAUCUCCGUAAAAUGCUUCCGCGAACUCCUUCACUAUGGGGCCCAAGAGGUGCUCGAGAGAGAGUACGGCUCUUACAUUGUCGCUCCAGAGGCCGGAUACGACUUUUCCAUUCUUAUAGAUUUAGAGAAUCUUCCAUCGGACGCUGAAGCGAGAGAAGACCUCGUCCGCCGGGUCUCCCUGCUCAAACGCAACGCUAUGGCUGCACCGUUUGAAAGGGCGUUUGAUGACUUCGGAAAACGACAAGAGGAAGCGUCAAAGUUCACGCGAGAAUCGGCACCAGAAGGUGUACGUGAGGGUGGUGAGGUCAUGGCCAUCCACUAUCGAGACGAAGAGGCGAUCUAUAUCAAGGCAAGCCAUGACAGAGUUACGGUCAUUUUCAGCACCAUCUUCAGGGAAGAGACAGACCGGAUAUUUGGGAAAGUUUUCCUACAAGAAUUCGUUGACGCAAGAAGAAGAGCAAUACAGAACGCGCCGCAAGUUUUGUUUCGGAAUGAGCCUCCGCUCGAACUACAAGGGGUCCCAGGUCUACCAAGCAGUAAGACUGGGGAGGUAGGAUACGUGACGUUUGUCUUGUUCCCGCGACAUCUCACACCGCAACGAAGGCAAGAAAGCAUCUCGCAUGUUCAGACGUUCCGAGACUACUUUCAUUAUCAUAUCAAAGCGUCGAAAGCUUACAUUCAUUCUCGAAUGCGACGGCGCACUGCGGACUUCUUGCAAGUGCUCAACAGAGCGAGACCUGAAAAUGAGGAGAAGGAACGAAAAACAGCCAGUGGCAGAACGUUCAAGUUUCAGGGUUAG